AGAGAAAAGCUCUUAAGGUGUGGCCAUGAAACAUCAGGAAGAAGUAUUAAACUCGGAUCCGAACGCAGCCGGGAAGUUUGGAGUGUUGGGUUUUUAAGAAGUUAUGGAACGAAUAACUGCGCUUCUUUUUCUUUUACAGGCGACAGUAACUGUUGUCAACACAGGUUCACACUCAAUCUGGGCGUUUGCAACACUUAUUUACGGGCAGACCCAAUUCCCAGAAUUCAGUGUUUCGAUAUUUGUGGAUGAUCUUCAGGUGCUGUACUAUGACAGCAACAUCAAGAAAAUUAUCUCUCGAAGUCGACCAAGCUCCACAAAGGGAGUUGAAGAUAUUAUGCUUCUAGGUGUAAACAUUGCGGUAGAAGGCAUUUACAAUUACAUGAAACAUCCAUCACAUCAUGUAAGGCUCUUCGCCAAUCACACUGGAGGAGUUCAUGUUCAUCAGAGGCUGAAUGGAUGUGUGCUGGACAAUGACAAGCCCAGUCCGGUCAUGCUGUGGGAUGUUUAUGAUGGAACAGAAGCGGUAUAUUUUGACAUGCAUGAUCGCACAGUCAACCCUCUAUGGCCACAGCUUAAAUGGACCACAAAUGAAGCAAAGAUUAUUCGAAUGCAGUUUAUAGAUAUUUAUCAGCCUAUAUGUAUCCAAAUACUGAAGUACUAUCUGGAGAAAGAAAAGAACAUUGUGCUUAGAAAAGAGCGGCCCAGAGUCAGACUAAUCCAGAAGACAUGCAGGGAGACUGGAGUGGUGAAGGUGAGCUGUCUGGCCACUGGCUUCUACCCCCGGCACAUCAACCUGACCAUGCUGAGAGACGACCGUCCCAUUCCAGACGAGGAGCUCAUUUUCGGGGAGGUGUUACCCAACGGAGACGGGACGUACCAGACGAGGAGAACCCUUAGUAUCAGUUCGGAGAAAGCGAGAGAGAAACACCGUUACACCUGCUCUGUCACACACCUUGAUCUGGACAACAAGCUGGACAUCAACUGGGGUAAUGCACAACCAGGUGAAGGUGCUAAUGUUGCAGUCAUCAGUUCUGUGGUUGUAGUGCUGGUUCUGGUUCUGAUCUUUGCCAUCCCUGCGUUUAUCGUCUAUAAGAAGAGACGCAGAGGCAUCUAGACCUCCUUUGGAUACUUGCUUGCUAAAGGUAAG